CGAAGUUAACCCUAAGUUCUGAUUCUAGGUCCGAGGCCGGUUUCCGAACUCAUCCCCAGUCGUUUGAUUUGUUUUUGUGUUUGGGUAUUUUUUUCUCCCUUUCCACAAUCCGAGUGACGAUUUCUGCUCGAACACUACCACUUCACUAGAACUGAAAAAUUUUAUUACUUCCUUUGGCUAAAAUGUAUUCCAUUAUUACUUUGUUGAAUUAUUAAAAUGGGAUGAAAAGGAAAAGUAGUACUUAAGAGUUUCUUUUUUCUUUUCUUGGUAAAAAAUGUAAAAAAUUAGAGUUAGUUCAUAAAUAAAUCAUGCGAGUUCUUAAGUAAAAAUUAGAGUUAGAGUCACAAAACUUAUCAAUAUUCAACGAUUAUAACUUCUUGUAAAUUUUUCUAUAUAUUUGUUAGUAAUAUUGUCACUCGAAGCCAUAAUAAUAAAUCGGAAAAUCCCCUUUCACUAACGAAAGCAAAAAAGAGGAAAAAAAAACCACAACCCAUUACCCGCUUUCCUCUACCCCAUUCUCCUUCCCAAAACCCAUAAACCCCAGACAAAAAGCAAUGGAUUUUCAGGUGGUGGUGUUAGCAGGAGGCUUCUCCAAAACUCUUGUUCCUCUUGUCUCAAAGGUAACAGUCUUGCUGUUUUGCGAACUUAUUUUGAUGUCGUUUCCUUUCUGGGUUCAGUGAUGUUGCGAGAAAUGGGAAAGAUCAGAGUAUAUUUUGUUCCUUUGGUUUUCUUUGAUUGCAGGAGGUGCCGAAGGCGCUUCUCCCCGUGGCUAACCGCCCAGUUCUUUCUUAUGUUUUGGAGCUUUUGGAACAGAACAACCUCAAAGAUCUCAUCGUUGUUGUUGAGGGCGAAAGUGCGGCUCUACUUGUCGGGGGUUGGAUAUCAGGUGCUUAUGUUGAUCGCCUUCAUGUGGAGGUUAGGACUAUGGAUUCAUCAUUCUUGUAGCUGUUACGUGUACUUCUUUUAUCUGACAUUUAAUCUGAUCUUUGCGGUGCAUUUUAUUUUUUGAACUGUGAUGAAAAUAAGAGAUGGAUUGUUCUUUAUUGGUGCUUUUAAGCUGAGUGCGUGUGUUGUCAGACAGAGGGUCAAAAAAAGCUCAGACUGAGCCGAAAUUGGAAUAUGAUAAAAAAGUAAUGAAGGAAAAGCUAUUAUUUCCUUGAAAAUGGACCUAUCCUAGAUUUCAUCUUACCUAUAUGUACUUAUUUUCUUGUUGUGGAGUGAUUAUAGGUUUCAUUAACUGUUUUUGUUUCUUUUGGCUACUUGAAAUUUGGAGUUCUUCUGAGAUGGUGUUUUUCAAUGUUGGUCUUAUGCCUGCACAAUGUGCUACUAUCUAGAGCUUCAGGAAACAAAGCUAGUUGGUGGCUAUUGGGAGAGAUAGGGCAAGAAUCUGCGGCUAGACUUUUUGCUUCUUAGAAUCUAGCAAAGAUAUUUAGAACUGCAGGAGAGAGGAGACUUAAAAUCAAAUGAGGGAUCAAAGCUUGUGCUUUUUGAGAGGGGGGGGGGGUGUUUGUUUUUCUGUACAGUUAAUAUGCCAUGAAUUUUUCGGGGUUCUGUACUUAUACCUUCAAUCUUACACUAAAUAUACUUAACUGGAUUGAGUAGACCAGAAAAUUGAACCAUGUACCAUCUGAACCAAAGCUCAAUUUGAUCUUUUUGCUUCUUUCUGAAUCCAAAAAUCUUUAAGUUCAUGUAGACGAACUUCUUUUGCUUCAUCCAUAUGCUUUCUUUUUCAUGUUGUUUCUAUGGAACAGAAUGUUUAGUUUCUACUCAUUAGUAAGCUCUUCUUUUAACAAUUAAAAUGCACCAAUCCGAUCCUCAUGAUGUAUGAAUGAUGUCAGAUCUUUAUUACCAAGUGGAAAGAGAUUAUAAAUUAGCAAACUUACUCCAACUUGAGCUCUCUCAUUUUUUGCAUUGAAUCAGCACUGUUCAUAUUGUUGCAUUUCCACUGUUACAUUAGAAUUCAAUAGAAGGAACCUGCUCCUUCCCCUCCAGCAUCAGAGGGCAAUAUCUCGUGUAACGAGUCCUUAUGACAGUUUUAGUUUUGAAGAGAUAGUCCAGUAUUCCUCUUUAUGUGUAGAAGCAGGCAUUAUCUCUGUAUAUGCAUAAUAUAGAUGAAUGAUAGAACUGAGCAUUAGGAGCAACGAGUAUUUACUUUGUUCCCCGGAAUUGGCAUUUGGUAGAGCAAUAAGGUUAUAAGGUGUGCAUCCUCAUAUAGUAAAAGGAGAAGAGAUUAUAUGCUGCAGAUAUCUUUUUUACUACACAAGUAUUAAGAAUUCUCAGAAGGCGGCAUUACAUUGGUUAAGCCUAUUACGGUAAAUAAACAAAGAAAAGACCAAUCUUAAGAUUUUCAUCUGGCUGUAAUGUGCUUCUUAGAAUAGUUAGAUCUUGGAAUGAUUUGCUCUAAUCUUUUGAAAAUAAAUUAUGAUAUCCAUCCCCAUAGCCCAGAGUCUGUCUGUCUUCUUUUAAAUUUAUGUAUGACUCUUUUAGUCCCAAGUCCAGAGUCUGCCAGUUGCCAUGAAGAAAUCUUGUCUAUAUGCUAAGAAAAUGUUGGUCCUUACAUGCAUUACAGUUUGCUUUUAAUAUGACGUUUUAGCAGGAUGAAACAGUGAGAAUCCUGUUAUGGGGAGAAAUUUAUCCUUCAGCGAAUAAUGCUGGCUUAGUGUGAUUGGGAAAUAAUGAUGCACGAAAUGAGAUUACUAUGUUAGACUAUUACAUGAAGAACUAUUCAUCCUCAAAACUAAAGGAAUUGAUGGACGUGUGCAAUGAUAUUUAGUAACGGGUGAAUCUGUGUAACUUGUUGAUAUGGGUGGUUGUAUGCAGUGGAAAGCAAGAGCAUCAAUUUACAUUUUUGGCAUAACUGCAAGAAUAUAGCUGAAAUAGUAUCAUUUUGAGCAGGAUUUGAUUCCAAAAGUGGUCUGACACGAACGUAGGAGUGUCAGACCAAAUUUGUGGAACUGACUGUGUAACAAAAAGAUAAAAUAUAAAAAUAAGACAAUAUCAACAUGUCUGUUAUAUCAAGAGUCGGAUCUCUUUGUUUGAAAUCAUGGCAGAUGUAACUAAGGAUGGUAUUCAAAAGAACAUUCCUUGGCAUAUGCGUUCUCCUAAAUGGCUAAACCCAAUGCUUUGGAUCCUGCCCUGUAGCUUUUAGCCCCUCUUCUUGGACUGUAAUGGAGAUAAUGAUGAUCGUGAUAUACAGGUGGUGAUACCUUGUGGCAGACCUUGUUUUGUCAGGGUACUUUUAAGGAAUUCUGUGAAUACUUGAACUAUAAUGGAAAUUGGAAUGCACCUGUUCAUAAUUAAUGAUGAUAUAACUCAUCUAAGUAUGCGGCUGGUGGCUUUCUGUCAUAACUGAUAACACAUUAGUUGUCUUAUUAUGAUAUUUUAGCAAAGGUUUUAUAAUAUUCAUCAUUGAGAGAUUUUUGGUAUUCAACUUAGCCUUUAUAGUUCUCCAGUUUGUACUUCGGGAGGAAUUUCUCAUCCACCUGGCUUAAGAAAGCUGAUGGACAAAGGUAACAUAUAAACCUUCAGAGCUUGUAUAUACGUCCAUCCUGGACAAUUUCUCAUUGCACAGGACCUGCAGUUUUAUCAUUUUGGAUUCUGUAUUUUUGUCCAGCUGAUGGUAACUGGACAUUGGAUAUAUCCUGGAAACUUUUCUUCAUUGAAUAUUUACUUGUUCUAACAGUACAUGGGCUGGCAGUUCCUAUCGUGAAUGCCUGUUCACAAUUUGUUAUUCUGUACCGUUUAUCUGUGAUGGAGAAUCUUCUUACACUGGAUAUUCCCUCUGCCAAUCCGGUUAACUGGUUUCAAGAGAUAUUAUGCAUUUUGUUUUGUUUAAGAAAAAGUCUUCUCAAAUGUCUGAUGGGAUUCGAUAUAUGUAGCUAUUUCAUUGCACUCGUUCCCUUUUCAUUAACAAACUAUUCAAAAGGAGAAUUCACUUACAGCCUUGGUUGGUUGAUAUUGUUGAUUGUGCUGAAAUCUGUAGUCUGUUGAUUGUGAAUGAUUCUCUUCUUUACCGAUGUCUGAUUUCUGCUGUUGACGUACGUCAAACUUUUUGACAUCUGCAGGUAGCAGCUGUUCCUGAAGACAUCGGAACAGCUGAUGCUCUUAGAGCUAUUGAUCAUCACCUAACUGCAAGCGAUAUAUUGGUCGGACUUCUCUAAAGUUUUUGUUUAUGUGUGUUAGUGUUGCUUCAUAAUGUAGGAGCUAAGAUCCCAUUAUUUGACAGGUUGUGAGUGGGGACCUUGUUUGUGAUGUUCCUCCUGGAGCAAUAGCUUCUGCUCAUAGAAGACAUGAUGCGGUGGUCACUGCAAUGCUUUGCUCUACUCCUGUGAGUGGGCCAAUUGAAUCAGGUUCAUCUGGAGGGAAAGACAAAGCCAAAAAGCCUGGUUGUCAUAACAUUAUAGGACUAGACCCCUCAAAACAGUUCUUGUUGCAUGUAGCAGCUGGACUAGAAGUUGAGAAAGAUGUACGAGUUCAGAAGAGUAUCCUCCGAGCAGUAGGGCAGAUGGAAAUUCGUACUGAUUUGAUGGACGCUCAUAUGUACGCUUUCAAGAGGUCUAUUUUGCAAGAGGUUCUAAAUCAUAAGGAAACUUUCCAUAGUCUGAGACGGGAUGUUUUACCUUAUCUAGUAAAAAGCCAGCUGAGAUCUGAAUUUCCGUUAAAUGGAGUGCAAGGAGAUGAAAACGGGAACCACCAAGAUACUUCCCAGGAGAGCAAAAUUUUAUUGUCUCAACUUCUAGCUAAUGCAUCCACCCCAAGUUUUCAUGAGUUGUAUGCCUUGGGUCCCAAUGGUUCUCCAAUUGCUAGAAAAACCCAUAAAUGCUGUGUUUAUAUUGCCAGCAAGACCAACUAUUGUGUGCGCUUGAAUUCCAUUCAAUCUUUCUGUGACAUCAAUCGUGAUGUCAUAGGGGAUGCAAGUCACCUUUCUGGCUGUUCAUUCUCUGCGCAAAAUAACAUUAUUCAUCCCUCUGCUGUGCUUGGAUCAAAAACAACUGUGGGACCACAAUGUAUGUUGGGAGAAGGUUCACAGAUGGGUGAUAAAUGCAGUGUGAAGAAGUCUGUUAUUGGUCGUCAUUGCCGGAUAGGUUCGAAUGUCAAGAUUGUCAAUUCUGUUGUUAUGAACCAUGUAACUAUUGGAGAUGGUUGUUCCAUCCAAGGUGCUGUUAUCUGUAGCAAUGUACAACUUCAAGAUCGUGUUGUUCUGAAGGACUGCCAGGCAAUCUCUCUCUCUCUCUCUCUCUCUCUCUCUCUCUCUCUCUCUCACUCAUGUUUUAUCUAGUUUGGUUAACUAUAGUAUCUGUUUGAAUCAGGUUGGAGCGGGUUUUGUGGUCACUGCAGGCAGUGAAUACAAAGGAGAAUCAUUGGCUAAAAAAGAGAAGUAAUGAAGUUACUAAUACCAUUGUUUUCCCUGUUGAUUGCAUUGCUUAGGCCGUUUUUACUUUCGUUUCUAUAGGGAAGAUCAGGUUAAGAUCAGUUUUGUCCAGCGUAGUUUGAGUUUGCCUUGUUCUCUGAGCUUAAAGAGUAGAAAUAUGCCUUGUGCUGCUUUUGUUUCCAGUCAGCGAGUUCAUUGUACAAACCACUCAAUUUUUUGCAACUUUGUAGUUACAGUAAAUGUAGAUUCGAGGAUGUAAGUAGAAUGUUGGGAAAGCUUAGUGAUGCUUUAGCAAGAAUGUAGCAUUGCUCCUUUCAAGGAUUAUAAUGAAAGUCAUUUUAUUCCUGAAGAAAAUUGUAUCCGGAGGAGGUUUGUCAGGCUGGUGGAGGUUAUUUUUGAUUUACCAGAUUGUGAAGGACAAUCGUCAAUGAUUGGAAACUUCUCAAAUAUAACUCUUCCUUUUUCUUUUCUUUUUUUUCCUCAUGAAAAUACCAUCUCAUUGGCAAAGUGAU